GUUUCGUUUCAUAAAUAUGUAGAGCUAGAUCUAUGUAAAAUUGUAUGCACGUUUGUGACAUUACUACCGUCCUACCGCUACUCUAGAGCUCUGCAAACCCUACAAAGUUGGUCAACAGUCCCAGAUGAUGGCACAGUAUAUAGCAGGAUUGUGUCACAGAGGGGGUUUCCCGUUCAGCAGAGUGCUUCACUGUAGUCUCCUUUCAAGGAUAAACCCUCACGUAUCAUCAGCGUCUCAUAGGUCGUUUGUGAUGCAUCCGUGUGCAGGCACACUCACUCAAACAAAUCUCUCAGUCUGGAAGAAAGCAAGGACUACGUCAUGUACAAAUCAAUCAUUGGAGUCUAAUGAGAAACUUCAUUUGAUCCACCAUAGAAUAUUUCACACAUCACAGAGUAGACCAGCUGUUCCUGUUGCUGUUUGGCUGGCUGCCAAAACAUUAGCCAAGACUGCUGCAAUAAUCACUGGAAGGACUUUGAGGAAUCGAUGGAGAGACCAUCCCAAGCACAAGCACAAAACAGCAAGUGAGAGAUUACAUGAUAACAGAGGCAAGAUCAUCGCUGGUAUACUGGGAAUGCUUGGCUUUGGAAUUGGUUAUUACUACUAUCAUAUAGAAUACACACCAUUGACCAACAGACCUAGGUUCAUUCUCUUCAACAAAACUCAGUUUGAGAAGAUAGUAGAAGAGGAAUACAAAAUGCAUUGUGAGACAUAUAAGGAUAGCUUUGUACCGACGGACCAUAAGAUCUAUGGUAUAAUCUCAGGGAUUGUAAUGCAGCUGAUCAAAGCUAACCAGGACGUGUCUCAGAUACGCAACCAGACCUGGACCAUUCACGUAGUGGACCAAAACAUCAAGAAUGCCUUUGUUCUUCCAAAUGGUCACAUAUUUGUGUUUACUGGGAUCCUACAAGCCACAGAUAACAUAGAGCAACUAGGAACAGUCUUAGCUCAUGAAAUGGCACAUGUCGUCCUCAAUCAUUCAGCAGAGAUGGCAAGUUUCUUUGAAUUCUUUGAUCUAUUCAUGAUUGUUGUCUUGACGGUUCUAUGGGCGUUCCUUCCCAACGACGGGGUUGCUUUAGUUGCGACAUGGUUCAAGCAGAAGGUUGUAGAGUUGUUACUCCACAUGCCGUACAGUAGAAGUCUUGAGACAGAGGCCGAUGAGGUGGGCUUAAUGCUAGCUGCCAAGAGCUGUAUUGAUGUACGAGAAUGCAAAGCAUUCUGGGAAGCCAUGGAUGUAGCCCAGAUAUCAACUGGAGAGCCGGAACCCCUAGAGUUCCUUAGUACACACCCCUCCCAUCAGAGAAGAGCUGAUUAUAUAGAAUCGUUAUUACCCAAGGCCAUCCAGGUUAGACAGUACUGCAACUGCCCUGAGCUACCUCACAGAAUCCCUUCUCAAAGAGCUGUCAUCACAAAGUCUAUUCCUGCUGUUUCUGCAGCCUGAAGUGUGUUUGUGUAUGGAGAGGUCACUCCCAGGAUAUUGUACACAUUUUAAGGAGCAAAUAUGAUGGAACUGACUCGAUCAAUAUGAUUGUCCGCCCUGGCUGUUAGUAAUUCAGUGUCAGUGUUGUGAAGGGCUGAGUUUGAGUCACAGCAUCGUAAGGAGCGAGGCCCAGGCCAGGUCCUGAGUACCCAGCCUUGAGGCCAAGUCUAGCCUCAGGUCCUCUAAAACUGGAAACUGUUUUAUUUAAAAACUCCCUGCAUAUGAGAUACUUUGCUUUGUAGACACCAAAUUUGGAGAACUGAAGAUAAAAUUGUCAGCUACCAUUACUGGAGGCCAUCAGGUAUGCUACAUAAUAGUUAAUUUAUUCUCACUGUAGUUCAGGGAUGGCCAUGCACCUGUCUGAUUACAUAAGACAUUGAAUCAUCUUUAUUAUACUCUCGGAUGGCCCUCGACUUUGGUGGACAAAGUGCUACAGUGCUGCUUGAAACCAUGCAAAUCGAUUUUGAUCUAUAACAUAUAUACAAAUGUGUCUGAUAGGGCUUACUAAAACAAACAAAAACAGAAUAUAAAAGGAUGCUAUGUCUGGCUUUAUUACUUGAGGUUUUUAGAUAAAAAUGCCUUACAACUAAUAAUCCUUUAAAAAACAUUCUUCUUGUGCUGAGAAGUUUGGAUGGACCAAUUUAGUUUUAAAAGCCAAGACAGUACUACACCUUUUGGCUUCAUUCAUUGCCUUGAGCCUUCUUAGGGCUCUUUUAGGAACACAUUUUCAUAAUAAAAAGAAAUGGGAAUGAUGUCAAAGUGCUAGAGAAAUAUCAUGAUUUUUAAAAAAUUUAACAAAUUACGAGGAAAAAAGGAAAACCUUCUUGAUGAAAUACCUUCAGAAGUAGAGACUAUUCACCUAUGUUGCCAAACUCUUUCAUACUUUUAACAGAGGGGGAAUAACAGGAUAUCAAUUCCAUCCUCAAGGAGACGCAGAUACAAAUCUGGUAUUAUGGAGGGUUUUUGGUAGAGUGGUGUCACAAGAUUUGGAAGUAUGAGGAUCAUUGUUUUAAGUCAUUGAACUGCAUUUUUGUUAUUUAAGAAAAAAAAUCAUUUGUUGUUAUAUUGUUCAACACAUAUAACUAAUUAUUUUUUGUUUAAAAUAUAUGAUUAAUUAUUGCUUCAAAUAUAUAAGUAUUUAAGUACUUGAGAUGAUGUCUACGUCAUUAUCUCUUUUAAUAAUAAUAAUGAAAUAUCAUGUGUAAAAUGCCAAAUUCACUUGAAAUCGAAUCGAUUGCUCAGGGUGCAGAAGAUGAAAUUACAUAAAAAGCACCUUAUGUAUGCCUAUUGAAUGGCAACUGACUGGAGUGCAACAUCGAAAGUGAAGAAUGUGCUUUCAAGGUAAGGAUUUAAACUGAAAUUAAUUCCACUGUAUGGAUUUUAAAAAGAGGUAUAUGUCAGACAAAGAAUUCAAAAUGAAUGCAUUCAAAUGUUGAUGUCAUCAUUUGAAUGACAUAGUUUUUUUUAAUAUUUAAUCUGUAUUAUUUUUUUUUAGUGGAGAAUUCUGUAUGGUAUGCUGCUUAAAGUAUUCCUAUAACUGACAAAUGUCAUUCUGUGUGCAAAUAGAGAUCCUCUCUUUCUUUACAUUUUUUUUUCAUUGGGAGAUAUAUUCUUGUGAAUUUUAUAAAGAAAUCUUAAAGACAUGUUUUAAUUGUGAUCAUGUAACCUUUAUAUUAUGCAAAUGUAAUAGAAACUUUCUAUUGUGAGUUUUAUGACAUCACAUGCAGCUCUGAUUUCUCAGUUGUGAAAUUUUAUUUUAUUUCUUUAUGUAUUAGAAAAAUAUCUCUGUUUUGGCCAGAUAGACUGAGAUACAUAUCAUGUACAUGUAUGUAAGAGAGAGAGAGAGAGAGAGAGAGAGAGAAGAAGAAAACAAUAACAAUUGAAACAGGAAAAUUCAUGAGCAAAGGAUUUUACAUUUUAAUUUAUGCAGGUAAUUGAUUAAUGAGAUUUUAGAUUGUACAUGCUUGAAUAUAUUUUUGUAAUAUUGAUGAUAAUAAUUAAAAUUUAUAUAGCACAUUAAGUGGGUACUUCAAUAUGCUUUGCAAUGUGUAGGUAUGAUAAAAACAGUAAACAUUGAUAUACACAUUUAAUUCUACCAGUUCACCACGUGUCACCAUGUUUAGCUUUGGAGAACAUUACUUUUAAUGAAGGUAAACAUUACAAAGAAUUGUGUUAGCCAAACUAGGUUAUACAAUCAUUAAAGGGAGGUCAUUGAACAAUACGAUAAUGGCAGAACGGAAGGAUAGCCUAGAUUCCAAAACCACAGCUUCAUUAAAAAAUAAAUACGGAUUUUAAAAUGUUAAUAGGUGACUCAUGACAGUUAUAUGUAAAUGAUUGUUUCACUACCACUAUUUUUUAAAUAUUUAUGAAGCAAUAGUGUUAAUGUACAAGUGCCUGUUAAAGAAUACAAGAUUAUGUGAUGAAUUAAAUUCAUGUGAUACUCAUGA